AUGAGGUUGCUAUGGAAACUGGUAAUUCUGCUGCCACUCAUCAGCGCUCGUGCAGGUGGCGGUCCUCUCAGCCGCCCUUCCUUCACCCAGGAGCCGCAGGACGUCACGGUCCCUUUGGAUUUGUCACAGUCUGAGGUCACCCUGAGCUGUGCCGCUACUGGCCACCCGCCUCCGCGCUACAGGUGGAGGCUCAAUGGCACGGACCUGGACCUCUCCGGGACCUCUCGCCGCAGGUUGGACGGAGGCAGCUUGGCGAUCAGCCGCCCGCGGCCAGACCAAGACGCCGGCGCGUACCAGUGCCUGGCCACCAACCCAGUGGGCACGGCGCUGAGUCAGCAGGCGAGGCUCCGGUUUGCAUAUAUCGAAGACUUUGAGACCAAAGCCAGGAGCACAGUGUCGGUCCGCGAAGGCCAAGGCGUGGUGCUGCUCUGCGGCCCGCCGCCGCACUCCGGAGAUUUAUCUUAUGCCUGGACCUUCAACGAUAACCCUUUGCAUGUCCAAGAGGACCGCAGGCGGUUUGUUUCUCAGGAGACGGGCAACCUGUACAUCGCCAAAGUGGAGCCGUCCGACGUGGGCAACUACACCUGCUCCGUCACGAACACGGAAGCGCAGAGGCGCGUGCAAGGGCCGCCCACCCCGCUGGUGCAGCGCCCCGACGGUGUGAUGGGGGAGUAUGAACCCAAGAUUGAACUGCGUUUUCCCGACACUGUACAAGCCGCAAAGGAUUCGUCUGUAAAACUGGAAUGCUUUGCCCUUGGAAAUCCAGUCCCCGGCAUUAGUUGGAGGAGGUUGGACGGAAGCCCGUUGCCAGGGAAAGUCAAGUACAGCAAAUCCCAGGCUACCCUUGAAAUCCCGAACUUUCAACAGGAAGAUGAAGGCUUCUACGAGUGCACGGCGGGCAACCUGCGUGGAAGGAACCGGGCGAAGGGCCGGCUCGUGUUCUACGCCCCUCCAGAAUGGGAACAAAGGCUCCAGGACGCACACCUGUCUCUCCACGACAGCUUGCUGUGGGAGUGCCGAGCCCGCGGGAGGCCGAGUCCCUGGUACACGUGGCUAAAGAACGGCGAGCCCCUCCGUCCACAGGAAAGAAUUCAAAUAGAAAACGGGACACUUAUCAUAACUAUGCUGAAUGUGUCAGAUUCUGGUGUCUACCAAUGUGCUGCCGAAAACAAAUAUCAGAUAAUUUAUGCAAAUGCAGAAUUGAGAGUAUUAGCUUCAGCUCCCGAUUUCUCCAAAAAUCCCGUUAAAAGAAAUUCAGUUAUUCAAGUUGGGGGAGACAUCGUCAUCGAGUGCCAGCCCCAGGCGUCCCCCAGGGCCACCGUCUCCUGGAAGAGAGGGGCGCAGAGCCUGAGGCAGAGCGGAAGGGUGUCGCUCUUAGAGGACGGCAGCCUGAAGAUACACAACGUGACCAGGUCAGACGCGGGCCCCUACACCUGCGUGGCGACCAACCAGUUUGGCGUGGCCAAGAGCACCGGCAGCCUCGUCGUGAAAGAGCCGACCGUCCUCACGGUGCCGCCGUCCCCGAUGGACGUCACCGUCGGCGAGAGCAUCGUCCUGUCUUGCCAGGUGUCUCGCGACCCCUCGGUGGACGUGGCAUUUGCUUGGUCUUUCAAUGAACACAUCAUCGACUUAGGAAAGGGAGUGGCCCACUUCGAAAGGGUCGGCGGGGAGUCCGUCGGAGAUCUGAUGAUAAGGAAUAUCCAGUUACACCACUCGGGGAGGUACCUCUGCCUGGUGAAGACGGCGCUGGAACGCUUGUCUGCCGCGGCCGAAGUCAUCGUCAGAGGCCCCCCAGGCCCCCCUCAGGAUGUCAGAGUGGAGCACGUGUCCAGCACCACCUCGCAGCUCAGCUGGAGGCCGGGCGCCGACAACCGCAGCCCCGUGCGAGGCUUUGCCGUUCAGGCCCGGACGCCGUUUUCUGUCGGCUGGCAGGCGGUCGCCACCGUUCCAGAAAUUCUCAGCGGUCAGACGUACAACGCGACAGUGGUCGGGCUGAGUCCGUGGGUGGAGUACGAAUUCCGUGUCGUUGCCGGGAACGGCAUUGGGAUCGGCGAGCCAAGCCGCCCGUCAGAGCUGCUAAGGACCAAAGCCUCGGUCCCCGUCGUGGCCCCAACAAACAUCCACGGAGGCGGAGGAAGCCGGUCUGACCUCGUCGUUACGUGGGAGCCCGUCCCGGAGGAGCUGCAGAGCGGGGGGGACUUCGGCUACGUCGUGCUGCUGCGGCCGGUCGGCGCGACCGCCUGGACCAAGCACAGGCUGCCGGCGGCGGAGCCGUCCAGGUUUGUGUACAGAAACGAGAGCGUCAGCCCCCUCUCUCCCUUCGAAGUCAAGGUGGGCGUGUACAACAGCGAAGGGGAAGGCGCCCUGAGCGCCACCUCCAUCGUCUACUCCGGGGAAGACGAGCCGCAGCUGGCCCCAGGGGGAACUUCUGUCCAGAGCUCCUCUGCUUCGGAAAUGGAGGUUUCCUGGACGGCCAUCGCCUGGAACGGGAACACGGGGCGAGUGCUGGGCUAUGAGGUCUCCUACUGGACAGACGACUCCAGGGAGCCCUCAGCCGGCCGGGUCAGAGUCAGCGGGAACGUCACAGCCAAGACCAUCUCGGGGCUGAAGGCGAACACGCUCUACUUUGCCUCCGUCAGAGCUUACAACACGGGCGGGACCGGGCCCUCGAGUCCCCCGGUCAACGUCACCACCAAAAAGUCUCCUCCAAGCCAACCGCCGGCGAACAUCGCCUGGAAGCUGACGAACUCUAAGUUAUGCCUGAACUGGGAGCAUGUGAGGACCAUGGAGAACGAGUCUGAGGUGCUGGGCUACAAGAUUCUGUACCGGCAGAACCGACGGAGCGAGACGCACGUCCUGGAAACCAACAGCACGUCCGCGGAGCUGCGGGCCCCGCUCGAGGAGGACUACCUGGUGGAGGUGAGGGCCGUCAGCGAGGGCGGCGACGGGAGCCGCAGCGCAGAGAUCAGGAUCCCCAGGGUGUCCAGUUUGAGUUCUGGAGGAGGCCUGGCCUCGGAACCUGGCGGCUGCUUCCUCUCCGUGGUCGUCAUGGUUUUUACUGUUUUGCUAUUUGGCCACUUACACGAUGAAUAA